ACGGGCUCGGUUAAUUUCAUAUUCUGUCGGCAUCACACCGUGAGCACCAGAAAUAUUCUGGAAACUGCGCAGACAUGAAGAGCUGGGCUACCGGACAGAUUCAUUUUUAUUUUGUUCUGAUAUUUGACCUCUUUGUUGGACGUUGUGCAGUAACCGCUUCUCAGACUACAGGUAAUGGCAUCUUUGCUAUCCAGCAUCAAAAUACGACAAAAUGCCUCCAAGUAGGUUCCUCUGGACUUACAAUGGACACAUGCAAUCAACAAGAGCAGCUUCAGCAAUGGAAAUGGGUAUCUGAUCAUCGGCUGUUUAAUAUUGGUGUUAAAAAAUGCCUUGGUCUUGACAUUUUGAGCAAAGCAGCAUCAUUAGAAGUAUUUGAAUGUGACGUAGCAGUUGCAGCUUUGUGGUGGCGAUGCCAAGGUGGCACAGUGUAUAGCUUCACCUCCAAUAAACUGACAGUUAAAAAUGGUUAUCCAACAGUGAGCAUUGAUGCAACUGAUAGAUGGAAGCAAAAUGGCUCGGACAAUGAUAUUUGUGAGCAGCCUCACCACCAAGUUUAUACAACUGAUGGGACUGGUUAUGGAAGGCCCUGUUUAUUCCCAUUUAAGUACAAAAAAAACUGGUACUAUGAAUGUACCACAGAAGGAAAUGGAGCAGAGGAAUGGUGUGCUACGACUGAUAACUAUGACAGAGACAGAAAGUGGGGAAAGUGCUUGAAACCAGAUAUUGAAUGCAAAACUUUCUGGAAGAUUGAUAAUUCAGGACAGACUUGCUACCAGUUUAACUUUCAGUCUUUUCUUUCCUGGAAUGAGGCUCGUCUUUCCUGUCAGAGUCAGGGAGGAGAUUUAUUGAGUGUCCCUCAUCUACAAGUUCAGAAGUACAUUGCUGAGCAAAGAAAUACUCCAAACAGGUUUUGGAUUGGUCUGAAUCAGCUGAACAUGGCAGGUGGCUGGCAGUGGUCAGAUGGAACACCUUUAGUGUUUGUCAAUUGGGAUGAUGGUUUGCGUGGGUUAUUUAAUCUUGAGGAAUCCAGCUGUGCUACAAUGAGCCCUAAUUCUGGUCCCUGGCAAACAGGCUCUUGUGAAGCUGCUCUACCAUAUAUAUGCAAGAAACCAUUCAAUCAAACACGAUUGGAGCCUGUUGAUUCUUGGAAGUACUCCAAUACAGAAUGUGAAGCCAACUGGCUUGCGCACAAUGGCUUCUGCUUUUAUAUGCCCAAGGAAAUGUUGAAUUGGGAUGAUGCAAAUAGCUUCUGUAAAUCCAAUGAAAGUGAACUCAUCAGUAUACAUUCAUUGGCAGAUGUAGAGCUGGUUGUCACCAAGCUUUAUAAAGCUUACAGAUCUAAGGUGUGGACUGGAUUAAGAAGUAGCGGUUUCCCAGCCUUCUUUAGUUGGUCAGAUGGAUCUACCGUGACAUUCACUUACUGGGACAAGGCUGAACCUAAUAUACCCUAUAACACCACAACACACUGUGUAUCCUAUUCAGGAAAGUUGGGUCGAUGGAAGUAUGAAAAAUGUGACAACAAGCUAUCAUAUGUUUGUAAAAAGGCGGGGAAGAUUAAGAAUGAAACGGAUCUGUUUGAUGUGGGAUGCCCUCAGAAUGAGAACUGGAAAAGGCAUGGAAAUUACUGUUACAAACUUGAUCCAGCAGAGGUCGAAUUUGAUUCCAAAUGUCAUCUAACAAUACGGAACAGGUUUGAGCAAGAAUUCAUCAAUAGUCUAAUUGCAGAACAUACCACAGAAAGUGGCAAGUACUUCUGGACGAGCUUGCAGGAUAAAAAUGGUACAGGAGAAUAUACAUGGUCAGUUAUAAAUAAGGAGAAAGAACCCGUGACAUAUACAAACUGGAAUGCAUAUCAACCAGAACAUCCAGGUGGAUGUGUUGCUAUGGCCACAGGAAGAGCUGUUGGACGGUGGGAGGUUCAAAACUGUAACACAUUAAGAGCAAUGUCCAUUUGUAAGAAGAGGAUUGGCAAUGACUCGGAAAUUGAAGAUGCACUCCCAACAGGCUCUUGCCCAGUUGGUUGGCAGACUCAUACAGAAAUUCAUCACUGUUACAAGAUAUUUCAUCACGAGAGAGUGGUAAGAAAGAGAACAUGGGAAGAAGCUGAACGGUUCUGCGAGGCAUUAGGAGCCCAUUUGCCAAGUUUCAGUCACAAUGAUGAAAUGCUAUAUCUUCACAACUUACUGAGAAAAACAAUUAGUGAUGAACGUUGGUUUUGGGUUGGAUUAAACAAGAGAAAUCCAGAUUCCAAAGGUGCUUGGGAAUGGAGUGAUGGCAGGCCGGUUUCCUUGGUUGUCUUACCAGUUGAAUUUAAAGAAGAUGAUUAUGCUGUUCGAGACUGCGGUGCAUUUCAGACCCAGAAGCCUUUGUGGCACUAUUUUAUGUUUGACAUCAGAAGGAAGUUUGAAUAUCACUUGAUGCCUUUCCACUGUGAUAUUAAACUGGAAUGGGUGUGCCAGAUACCUAAAGCUGGAAAACGGAUGCAGUGGGAGCAUACGUGGGUUUCUCCCCAAAUAUUUUUGUAUUUGGGGGAAGAUUGGCCGAAGCCCAGUGGAAACAGCAGAAAUGGCCAUGCAAAGCCACUUAAGAAUAUUCUCAAGGGAUCUUACCAAGGUGUUAAACUGAGAACCCCAGACUGGUACGUUCCUGAUGGAGAGAGUAUUCAUGGGCCCACAGUCGUUAUUGAUGGUAAUGAGUAUUGGUUUGUGAACAAUACUAUGCUGACUUACCAAGAAGCAGAUCUAUAUUGCUCAAGAAAUGAGAGCAAAUUGGCUUCCAUAACAUCCAGACCUGCGAUAAAAAUGAUUAAAACUCAUAUACAAAUGGUGGAGAGCCACGAUACCUUUCAUGGGGAAGCAGGACAACGUGUCUGUCAGAGCCUUGGUGGUUAUUUGCCAACUAUAGCCAAUUCUGUAGAGCAAGACUAUAUUGUGUCUCAUUUACCUUCACGCUCUCAAAAACUUUGGCUUGGUAUGCAGCCUACAAGUGAAUUUGGAAACAACAAAUGGGUAACAGGAAGACCAGUUGAUUAUGCAAAUUGGCUUCCUUCACUGGAAGUAGAUCUGGAGCUAGAUUUAGAUAUCUUUAAUAUAGAUAAACGAUGUGCUAUUCUGCUGAAUGAACCAUACAGUUCAUUUAUUGGAAAGUGGGAUAUGGUAGUUUGUGAUGAUCAGCAGUUUACUGCUGUGUGCCAGAAACAUAAAGGUUCUGUCAAUGGGACAGUCACUCAAAUUUUAAAUGACACCUUGAAUUUUCUAAACCAUACUUACUUAUUAAUAAGGAAGAACCUAACUUGGGAAGAAUCACUAACAGAAUGUCAGAAGAAUGGUUACAAAUUGGUUAGCAUCACUGAACCCUAUCAUCAAGCGUUCCUCACGGUUACCGUCAACACACUUGGAUAUCCAGUGUGGAUCGGAUUCUACAGCCAAGAUGAUGGAUUAUACUUUCGCUGGUCUGAUGGAAGACACGCAACGUAUAGUCAUUGGAGCACAGAUAAUUCAGCACCUACUGAUAAUUGUGUGUACAUGGAUGUUGAUGGAUACUGGAAAACCUUGGGCUGUGAUUCAGUAUUAAAAGGUGCUAUUUGUCAUCUUCAACAAAAAGAACAAGAACCAGAAACAACCAAUACUGAAACUGUGAGAUGCCCUCAUAAGAUUCAUGGAGCAUUAUGGAUACCAUUCAGAAAUAACUGUUACACCUUUCUAACUCAUCCUGAGAAGCCAAGUUUUUUCCGGGAGAGCACUUUCCACGCCAUGUGCAAAAAUUUAGAUCCACAUUCCAAAACAUUGACUAUUAGGAAUGAAGAAGAAAAUAACUUUAUCAGCGAGCAACUUAAAAUUCACAAUUAUCUAUACAAGUGGGUGUGGCUAAAUGUUAUAUAUAAUGGAAAUCGUAUGAUGUGGUACGAUGGUUCUUAUGUGUAUUUUUCAAAGUGGCGUUCUGAAAGGCCGAGCUCUGUUAACACACAUCAAAGUUUCCUUGCAGCUGUCCUUGAUAUGGAUGGAACUUGGUAUCUGGCUAGACAUCCUUUGCACCAGACAAAAUUGAUACUUCAAAGUGUCUUUGUUUGUAAAAUUGAAAAUGACCCUGAUCCAAGUUAUUUUGCACCUCUUCCUGAAAAAGUGCAAUAUGGAAACCAUACUUACAUGUUAAUUCAGAAGAAGAUGAAUUGGUAUGAUGCACUGCAACAAUGCAAAAAGUCUCGAUAUCAACUUGUCAGUGUCUAUGAUGAAUCUCAGCACGUGUUCCUGAAGAACUUGGUAAAGUCAGAUGGUUUUCCUCUUUGGAUUGGCUUGUUCAGCCAAGAUAGAGGAUCAACAUUUGAAUGGUCAGAUGGAAGCAAUUCAGAUUACAGACCUUGGGAGUAUUCCCAUCUUAAUUCAAAAGGCAAUUGUGUGUAUAUGGAUACUAAAGGCUUCUGGAAUCGUACUAGCUGUAACAUCGUGAGUGAUGGAGCUAUAUGUUAUGUAUCACAGAAUGAAGAUACAUCACCUAAUCAGCAGGGGAAAAGUUCAAAGUUCUGUCCUCAGAAAGAUGGAAAAUCACCAUGGAUCAGAUUCAAAGACCACUGCUAUGCAUUUGACAUGGGGUUAUACAAUUGGUCUGUAUUUACCAUGGAAGAAACUAAAUCAGUUUGCCAGGAGCUAGAUUCCUCUGCUACUAUUUUGAGCAUAAAAGACAGAGAAGAAAAUGAUUUUGUAACCAGACAAAUAAAAGAAGACCAGGGAAUCACUGGGCAGGUCUGGCUGGGAAUUAUUCAAAAUAUUAAAGAUAAAUCGCUACAGUGGCUAGAUGGUUCAAUUAUUUCUUAUGCUAACUGGAUGAAUGCAAAUCUCCCAAAUUCAACUCAAGAUAAGUGUGCUAUCAUAUCAUCAAAAAAUGGGCUGUGGAUUCUAACCAGCUGUUCAGAGAGGCAUAGCAGACUUGUGUGCAAAGCUCCAAUACAAUCCAAUCACAGAGUUGCAGCUUUGGUGAUAACAGUGACUUUUAUCCUGGUCCUAAUCUGUGGAAUUGUGUGGUUUUUAUAUAAAAAGAAUAAGUGGCGAUGGGCUAACCCUUUUGGGACUGUGCACUAUGAACGUAGUUAUAAUGAUCCCUCAGACACUGAUAGCACAGUUAUGAUAACAGAACUUAAGGAGUUCCACGAUUGAAACUUAUUUGUGAUUCUAUUACCAAACUGCUUGAGAACCUUCAAAGAUUGGGCCAGACCUUGAUAGCCUGGAACCCCUUCCCCCACCUGCUCCAAAACCCAUGCAAUACUCAUUUAGUUGCAGAAGGCUAUUGUAAUGGCCUGAAGCAUCCUGUAUUCCAGUGGCAUGGCUUGAGUGGUGACAGGUCCUCUGGUGAUUAUGAAGAGGGCCUUUUGCUGAAACACAUCUGUCACACUUUGACAGAUGAUUGAAGCCCCAUCCCCAGCUUUGUCAGCUAUAAAAACAUUGUGUUUCUUUUCAAAUAGUUUUUGAGAGUCUCAAAUAUCUGGAGACAUUUAAAGACUAUUAAAAUUGAAGUAAAUAACUUAAUAAUAAUUGAAGAAUUUUUGGAAGUAAACCUAACUAUGAACUCAAAUAAUUAAACUAUGUUAACUUGAAGAAAAAUAACUUUGAAAGUAAUGUAUCUUUCUGCUUACUUCCUAAUCCAAAACUCCAUAAUCCCCAUUGAAAUCAGUGGGGUCUCAGAUCCUGCAACAGGUCUAACCUGACAAAGAAUCUAUUAGGGAAUUCUGAUGGAGCUUAUUAUCAGAUUUGCAAUUGUAAAUCAUGAACAAAUCCCAGACUUGAUAUAGUUUACACAGCUAUAUGCGGCCAGUUCUGUUGAAAACUGCCAGCAAAUCUGGCCCAUUGAUAUUAUCCUUUGACCUUGAUUACUGAAUAAUCUUGUUGUUGUGUAAAUAUUUCCUGAUUUGCACUACUUAUAUUUUCCGAUUUUAAAAAGCUGCUAUGUGGUUACUACUGUAGCAGUUUGCAGAGAUUGUGUUCUGUUAAGUAUUUGCUUUAAGAACUUAUUUUUAUACUGUAUUAUGUAAACAUUCCAGUGUUUCACAGAAUCAUAAUAUAUGCAGAGUCUGAGCUCCAAAAAAAAUCUUUGUGUAAUUUUUCACCAAUUAUGUGUUACAAUGUAAUGCAGUUGCUUUUAUGGUUGAUGUUUAUUGAUCUUUUUGUACAUCUUUUAGCCAUUAACAAUGAAAAAUCAAAUUUGCAGGUUUUAAAGAGAUGUAUUGAUCCAUAAUAUAGGUUUGGGUUUUAGAUAAUGUGUAUAACCUGGGGAAAGUUGCUAUUGUCUACAAAAUCAUGCUAACUCCUUUGUCAGUGCCUUGUAACUUCGUCCUCAUAGCUGAACCUCAAAUUGAGGAUUAUUGCUGUGAAAUAAUCAAGUAUUCAAAAAUGAUAAUACAUUAAUAGACCACAAUAAUGCUUACAUUAUCUUCUGAUUUUCUUUUUGGAGGAUCUGGGUUUAUUACUAUAAAAUAUUCAUUUUCAAACAGUAUAUACAAUAAAGAAAUUACUGUUUACAAUAAGGCCACUUGUUCUGAUUUGGAAAAUUGCAGUCUUUAAACUAUAUGGAUGUUCUAAGCAUCGUUUUUGAGGUUCUGCUGUGCUAUUUAUGCAUAUUUAUAGAGCUGUAACUAUUAAAAACUUAGCAGUAGAGAUUACUGUAAUUAUUUUUAAUUGGGGGAUUUGACAGAAGCAGCUCUAAUUGAAGAACAUUGGUCUACCUAUAAUUAUACUGCUGUCAAUUUAGUGAAUGCCAUAAUGCUGUUUUUGAAUAAGAGUGUAUUUACAAAGUGUGAAGACCAAAAAGUUACAGCAUUACUAGACCAUAUUGCUGAAUAACAUUACCGUGAGUAUUGUUAAAUAGUGGCAAACAACUUCAGUAAUUGUUGUAUGGAAAAUUAAAGUAUUUGAAUGGGCAUAGUAGUAUUUGAAAUUUCAUGUAUUUUUGUACUAUAAAAUUAAUUUUGUUGCAAAAGCUCAAAUUCUCCAUUGUAAUAUAAGGUUUCCAGGAGUGAAUGGAAAUGUUUGAUUCACUUCAUCUGUUCAUUCAUCUGUCAUAAAUUAACGUGUAAAUUGGUAAAAAAAAAUUAAAGUAUUAUCUCGUGUGUAAAAUGAAA